CAGAGCCGCAAGUAAUGAUGGAUUCAUCGUCCUCCGUGAAUGUGAGACUGGUGUAACCAUUUGUAUGCGCAUAGCGCAAUGAGCUGCGCGAAUGAUUGCUUUGGCGCCAAAACAGUGUUGGUCAAGCAGCUGCCAAACGAAUCAAAACCAAAACAAGAUUAGAGUUGCAAGUGAACAUUUAUUUCAGUUAAAAUCACCCGCCGUAUGGCAACAUAAAUCAGCUGUGAAAUUUUUUUCUUGGUUCUCGGAAUGACGUUUCUCGAAAAGGGGCAGUAGUUCAGUGAAAAAUUUUAUUGUUUUUAUUUGUGUAAAAUUAAAACAGUGUAAAAUAACAAAUUAGUUUGAUUCUUUAAAUAUUGGAAAAAAAAUAUUGUAAAAAUAUUUAAAAAAUUCAACAAAAGUAUUUAAAAAACUCGUAAAUUUGUUUGUGUAGAUCUAAAAGCUUAGAUACAUUAAAAAACGCAUAGUAGAAAGUCAUGGCUGAUAAUUACUUAAAGCCUGUACAUAAUCACUUCGAUUUAACUGCUGCUGACCUAGAAGAUGUGGAAGAUGACAUAUUUUUGAAUAACUCGCGUUCGAAUAGCACAACUUCUGGACGUAGCAGUGGCGUUGGUGCUCGCAGUACGAAUCCAUUCGAUGAGCCCAGUGAUCCACUACAAAUGUACGCAGAGCGACGUAGGGAAAUUGAGCAACGCUCACUAGACUCUACACAAAGAAGUUUAAAUUUGUUGUAUAACACGGAGGAUGUGGGCAAAGCCACUGCAGCCGAAUUGGCGAAACAACGUGAACAAUUAGAAAAUACUACACGUCAAUUGGACGAAAUCAAUUCAACACUACGUUUCAGUCAACGCCAUUUGAAUGGACUGAAAAGCGUUUUUGGUGGACUCAAAAAUUACUUGUCCGGUAAUCGUGAUGUACCGCUAACGCACACUCCAAGCGCACAAAGUGUACCGACACAAAGUGGGCAACAGUGGCAGCAACCACACGAAACAGGUGCUACCAGUAGUAAAUCACCAACAGCCAUGUCACCGACAGAACGUUAUGAUGAUCAUCCCAUCAGUCGUUUGCGUGAUGAUUCCAGUGCAUAUAAGCAGCGCGAGCAAGUUCAGACACAGCGACGCAACAAUCCAUUCGAACAACAACUGGAAUCGAAUUUAGAUGAAAUGUGUGAUAAUUUGUCACGUUUAAAAUUUCUUGCCACAGAUUUACAUAGUGAAAUUGAAUCGCAAAAUGAAUUGCUGGACAAUAUGAAUUAUAAGAUUGAAGAUGUCGAUUUGAAGAUGAAUAAGCAAAACAAGGAAAUGAACAAAUUGCUCGGCAAAAAGUAGAGAGCGAAAUGAAAACAAUUAACCAAAGCGAUUGUACUAAAAUUCUUAUUUUAUACAUUCUAAAUAUCCAUAUGUAUGUAUUCGAUUUAGAUUUUAUAUGCUGUACAUACAAAUGAAAUACAUACAUCUAUUAGUUUUUAAGUAAAAUAUAUUUUCCUGCUUAGUAUUCAUACUACUAUUUUAAGAGAUCUUUAAAUGUAUGUCGGUUAUUCCGUUUGGUUACACAUUUCUUAUGACAUAAAAUAUGAAUCUUGGAGAAUCAAAAAAUAUUGAAUUAUUAAAAUCUUAAGCAUA